AUGGAAAGUUAUUUUGAGAAUAAUAAAACAAUGUUUAUUUCAUAUAGAAUACAAGAAGAGCUCCCAAGUGGUACAUUAGUUGGUAAUUUAUUUAAUGAUUUUAGAAAAUUAUAUCAGAAAUUCAAAUUUACCACUUCAUCUUCAUUAACAACAGAAAUAAUAACGUUACAUUCAAUUAAACAAUUAAGAAAGUUUGAAUUAAACCCGUAUGAUUUAAAUUCUAAGGAAACAAGUGAAUAUUUUAAAUUAGACCAACAAACUGGUGAUUUAUUUACACAAAAUCGUAUCGAUUAUGAGCAUAUAUGUCCGAAACCUCUAAUUCAUUCUACCUCUUCUAUGCUGACUUCCUCUUCAUCAUCAUUAUCAUCAUCAAAAACUCUUUCAAUAACUAAUUCAAAAAAUCAUGGACUAAUACACCUUUCACAUUAUGAUUGUUUAAUUAAAUUAAUUUUAUUUGUAAGUUUAAAUAACUCCACUGAUGAACGUUGGAUUCCAAUUAUGAUUUAUAUUGAAGAUAUUAAUGAUAAUCGUCCAAAAUUUAUUGAAUUAAAUUCAUCAAAAUGGUUUGAUUACUUUAAUGUAACAAUAAAAGAGAAUAUUCCAAUUGGUACAAAAAUUCCUUUAAUGAAAGCAUAUGAUUUAGAUACAAUCGAGACAAAUACAAACAUUUUAUAUAAAUUAAAUUAUCCUAUACAUGAUAAUCAAACUGAUUAUCAUCAAGUCUUUGGCUUAGUAACAUGUUCCACUGAUGAAUAUAAUGAUAAUAAUAAUCAUAAUACUAAUCAAUUUAAAGAUAGAUUAAUCAAAGGAAGAAAUGAUGAUAAUUUCCCAUGUUUAAUCAUUAAAGAUAAAUUAGAUUAUGAGAUGAAACAAUAUUAUUCUAUAGAAUUAAUUGCAUAUGAAUCUGGUUAUUCAUCAAUUGAUUAUGCAAUAUUACCAAUAAAAAUUUCAAUAAUUGAUAUGAAUGAUAAUAUACCAAAAUUUAUAUUUCCAUUAGAAAAUUAUUAUUCAAUAAAUAUAUCAGAGAAUUUACCAAUUGGAACAUUAUUAUUAAAAAUUGAAGCAAUUGAUAUAGAUAGUGGUGAGAAUUCACGUUUAACUUAUAGUUUAACACAAAAUUCAUUUAGAAAAAAAUUAAUCACUAUGGAAACCAAUCAUAAUGAUCUUAUUAAUAAUAAUCAUAAUAAUAAUGACUACUCAAAUAAUGAUAAUAUUUAUAAUCAAUCAAAUUCUUUUAGUCAAUUUAUAAUUAAUCCAAAUAAUGGAGAGAUACGUUUAAAUCAAAUAUUACAUGCUCAUGAAACACAACAAAUUGAAAUUAUUGUUCAUGUUAAUGAUAAUGGUUUACCUAUGCAUAAAAUUUCAAAAACUAUACUAUUUAAUAUUAUUGAUAUUAAUAAUCAUGCACCAAAGAUACAAAUUAAAAAAGUUGGUUGUAAUAAAUUUAAUAUAGAAUCAAAUGAAAUUAAAAUAUCAAAUCAGAUUGAAUCUGGUAGUUAUAUAGGUUUUAUAGUUGUUAGUGAUGCAGAUCUUGGACAAAAUGGUCAAGUAACCUGUAAUCAAAAACUCGAAGACUAUAAUAAUAAUAAUAAUAAUAUUAAUAAUAAUUGGAGUAAGUAUUCACAUUUUAAAAUUAAUCUAAUCAAUAAUGGUCAAAUAUCUAGUCAAUAUUUGUAUACAUUACAAGUAAUUAGAGAUCAAUAUAUUAAUACCUCACUAAAUUAUCAAUCUGAAACAAGUUUUACACAAAAAUUAACUUCAUUUAUGAUGAUUAUUACAUGUAAAGAUCAUGGUAGUCCAUCAUUUUUAACUACAUCAAUAAAUUUAAUAAUUACAAUCAUAGAUUAUCGAUAUAUUGAUUUAUGCUUUGAACAAAUGACAUAUGAAUUAAUUAUUGAAGAAUCUAAUCAAUCAAUAUUACAUAUAUUACAACCACAAUUAAUUGGUAUUAUAAAUCAAGUAAAUUUUACAAUAAAACCUAAAAAUGAUAAAUAUAAAAUAGGUUGUGAUCAAUUUGAAAUAAAUCAAUACACUGGUGAAUUAUCAGCACCAAAUGGUAUUGAUCGAGAAAAAAUAUCAUAUUUUAUAUGUAUAUUAAUAGCUAAUGAUAUAAUAAAUGAUAAUUUAUUAAAACAAAAUCGUAUUGCUUAUACUGAAUUGAUUAUUAAUAUUACUGAUAUUAAUGAUAAUGAACCAAAAUUAAAUAAUGAAUUAUUAUUAUAUGGUUUUACAAUAUAUGAAUGGGAUCAAUAUAAUGAAAUUGAAAAUGAUCAAAAUAAUCAAACAAAUUCAUAUAUGAUUGGUUAUUUAAAUGCAAUUGAUUUAGAUUAUGGUAUAAAUGGUACAAUAAUAUAUAGAUUAGCACAAAUUACUAUUGAAAAAACUAUUGAUAAUCGAAAUGAAACAAAACAAUAUAAUAAUAAUAAUAAUGAUUAUCUAAAAUCAAUAUUUCAUAUUGAUUCAACUAGUGGUUUAAUUAGUUUAUCAAAAAAUAAAUAUUAUUUAAUUGAUCGUGAACAAAUAAGUGUUUAUUAUUUACAAAUAAUUCUUGAAGAUAUGGGUUAUCCAAUUAAAUUAACUUCAAUAGAAACAAUUAAAAUAUAUAUUAAUGAUAUAAAUGAUAAUGCACCAAAAUGGUAUCAUACAAUUGAAUCUAAUUAUAUACAAUUAAAUUCAUAUAAAGAAAUUAAAAUUUAUCAUCUUGAACCAAUAUGGGAAAUAAAUCAAAAUUCACCAAUUGAAUUAAAAUCACAAUUAAAAGCAUAUGAUUAUGAUUUAGGUGAUAAUGGUAAAUUACAAAUGUAUAUUAUUGAACCAAAUUAUGAAUAUCAACAAUUUAUUGGUCAGAAUAAAUUAAAUUUACCAAUAGAUUCAUUAUAUUUAACAAUUAAUGGUGAAUUAACAUUAUAUAUUGAUAAAUUACAAGAAAUUUAUCAAUAUUAUACAUUUGUACGUGUACAAGAUCAAGGUAUUCAUAGACAAUUAUAUACAGAUGGUUAUUUUUUUAUACAAUUACCAAUACAAACAAUUAAUAAAUUAGAAUUAUCUAUUAAUUCAUUAAAAAAUAAAACAAAUUAUUAUUUCAAUGAAUGGAUGAAUAAAAGUCAAUUAGAAAUCAAUACUCAAUCAACAUGGUUAUGGUUUAGUGAAUUAAAAAUCAUUAUUAUAUUAAUUAUUUCAUUUAGUUUAAUUAUUCUAUUAUCAAUUAUAAUAAUUUUUAUUAUUUUAAUAAAAUAUCAUAAAAAAAAACAAAAAAAAUCUAAAAAAAAUAAUUUUCAUCAAAUAAUUGAUAAUAUAGGAAAACAAAAUGAUAUAUUUAGUUCAGAUUAUUAUACUACUAAUAUAAGUAGUAAUAAUAAUAGUAAUAAUGAUCAUACAAUCAUGAAUAAAAAUGAUUAUUUAAUUAUGAAUACAAAUUAUAAAUAUAAUCCAAUGAAUUUAACUUAUCAAUCAACUAUAUCAUCUAAUAUAAUGAAUUAUCAUUAUUUAAAUGAUUUAAAGAAACAAUUAAAUUUAAAUAUAAAUCAAUCUCAAGUAACAUCGAACUCUUCUAAUUUGUAUCCUUAUAGUAAUAAUAAUAAUAAUAAUAAUAAUAACAAUAAUAAUAAUAAUGAUAAUAAUAUUGAUAAUCAAUAUUCUCAUGAACAUAUUCGUGUGAAUGAAUUCAAUAAUUCAUGUAUUGAUUCAAUAUUUCAACAAAUAUCAACUCCAUAUGAAUUGUUUUAUCCAACUGUUUAUACUAAUUUAAUGACAUCAUAUGAUUUGAAUAAAAAUGAGAAGAAUACGAUUGAUACUAUUACUACUACUACUAUUAAUACAACUACAACUACUACUAAUAUGAAUAGUAGUAGUAGUAGUAAUUGUAAUUAUCAAUAUUAUAAUAAUACACUUCAUUAUUAAAAGUAUAAAAUAUAAAAUCUACUAAUAAGUAAAAAGAAUUCUAUUAAUCAAGUGACAGUAUCAUUGUCGACAUCAUCAUCAUCGUCAACCGCAUCAUUGAUGGUACUGAUGUUGAUGAUCAAAAUCACUUAUAAAGAAUGAAACAUUUAAUUAAUGCUCAGUCAGUAAUGAUGAAACAUUAUUGGGAUAAUUAUGAAUACAUUGAGUUAUUGUAUACAAUAUUAUAUAUUUUUCGACUAUGGAUAAGUAUAGAAUAAAUAAGUUUACUAUGAUUUCUAUUUAGUAUAUUUGUGUAUAUGUGUAAUUGAAGGAAAUGGGAUUGUAUAAUUAUCAACAAAUUCUACCUUCAUCAAAAUGUUGUAUUAUUUUUGCUCCUGAGUGUAGACAUUAUCACAAUGAUAAAUUCAAUAUGUAACAUAUUCUCCUCUGUGUACAACGAAAUUAAACUUGUUUAUUUCUUCUUCUUCUUCGUCUUCUAUCUCUCUCAAUUUAAGUGUAUAAUAGUAACCUUAAACUUAUGUAACCACUUAAUUUGAAUAAUACUCAUUACAAUAAAUAUAAAAAUGUCUUCAGUUUCUGGAAACUUUCGUCAGAAGUUGAACCAGUAUUUUGAUUGAAAUUAAGCAUCAAGUUUGUAAAAGACAUUAAAUCUAAGAAUCGUAGUUGAAUAUAAUCUAAGUAAUUGAGAUCCAAUUAUUCCAUUUGGAAAACUAGUUUGAAUAAGGUUUUCUAGAAGAAUAUAUAUUCUUAUCAGAAGGAGGUAUUGCGGAGAUUGCAGUUACUUUAACAGUUGAAUCCAAGCUAGACCACCACGGAAAACCUGGAAGCACUGGACGG